GCCCAAUUUGUCAAUAAAAAUAACAAGAUGUCAGUUGGCGCUGGCUCCCCCAUCUUCCUUUCAGUCGUAAUAGCCUAUGUAUGGUGCCGCAAUAUUUUCCCAGAAAAACCGUCUAAUCCAUGAUUCUUUGCCUUAAAAUCUCUUCUCGAUACGUCGCUUAAUCGUAUGAUUUGAAGAACAGCCCUUGUCAAUAGACCCAUUUUCUGUGUUUCCAUACUAGCCUGUGUGAUUUGAUCAGAAAUCUGAAAGAGAGAGAGACAGCGAGGGAGAGGAAAGGAUAGAACGCGGUACUCGAUCUUCAGAUUCCGAAUCGCCAAACAGGAAAUUGAGCAAGGAGUCCUGAAUCAAGCUUGUGGCAGCUGGUUUACAUGAUAGCUGUGUACCUUGAACUGAUAAUGCACACACGACUCAAUCUUCUAGCCCACAUGAUUACUGCUCCCUUUGAGUCGAUAUUAAUAGCAUACUCUACAUGAGGCACAAUCUCAAAGCUAUUCACUUUCCUUGAAGGCGCAUAUUCGAAAAACUGUGGGAAUAUUGGAAGCUGGGAGUAGAUCAGAAGUUGUGAAACUUUUCAGACCCCACCCAAUGUGAGAUCCAGAAGGCAGGGGGGAGGUCUGAUAUUUAUUAGGUAAUAUUUUUGUCCCGAAAUGAUCCAAAACUUAGAAGGCUACUCGGCUCUAUGAAGUGAAAAUUGCUUGAAGGUCAAAAGAUGGCUUUUUAUUCUGAGGAAGAAAAAUCUGAGGAUUACCUCUUCAAGAUUGUUUUAAUUGGUGAUUCAGCUGUUGGAAAAUCAAAUUUGCUUGCAAGAUUUGCUAGAGGUGAGUUCUAUCCUAAUUCAAAAUCAACUAUAGGAGUAGAGUUCCAAACCCAAAAGAUGGAUAUCGAUGGAAAGGAAAUCAAGGCUCAGAUAUGGGACACAGCAGGUCAAGAGCGGUUUAGGGCUGUUACAUCUGCAUAUUAUAGAGGUGCAGUUGGCGCUCUUCUGGUGUACGAUAUCAGUAGACACCAGACAUUUGAUAGCAUUGGCAGAUGGCUUAAUGAACUUCAGACUCACUCCGACAUGAAUGUAGUUACAAUACUUAUUGGCAAUAAAUCCGAUCUCAAGGAUGCCAGGGAGGUGUCCACUGCUGAAGGCAAAGCCUUGGCAGAAGCUCAGGGUUUGUUUUUCAUGGAAACGUCGGCUCUUGAUUCCUCCAAUGUAGCUGCUGCUUUUCAGACAGUUGUGAGAGAGAUCUACAAUAUAUUAAGUCGGAAAGUGAUUAAAUCUCAAGAGCUCAAAAAACAGGAUUCUACCUGGAUGGGAAAUGGAAAGACAGUGGUUAUACAGGAAAUUGUCAACCAAGAAACAGAGGCAGGGACUAGAAAAGGUUGGUGCUGCUGAUCGCAAGGCUACAUGCGUUUGCUCCGAUCAUAUAUGAUCCUUUUUGCUGGUCGCCCAGGCCGAAUUUUCAAGUCUGAUUUCACACUUUUUUCAUGUGAUCAAAUCUAUUAUUUCCUUGCAAUGUUUAUUUAAACAUCAUCACUUGUUCUGGGUCAUUGGUGGCUGAAUAGAAAUUGGGGUAGAGUAAAUGACCUGUAAGGGAACUAAGAAAAUUAUAUUUUACACUUGAAAUUUCAUUUCUAGGCAUUAUGUUUAGUUCACUUUGACUCCUUC